GUCCAGUAGGAAGUGCCCUGAGCUCCUGCUAUGGGGCUCGGCCCGUUAUCAUGGCUGGUGGGUGUUUCUCAGCCCUGGGGCUUCUGUUGGCAUCGUUUGCCACCCGUCUGGUGCAUUUAUAUCUCAGCAUUGGGCUUCUUUCAGGGUUCGGCUGGGCCUUGGUCUUCACGCCUUCCAUGGCUUCUGUGGCUCGCUACUUCAAGAAGCACCGGACCCUGGCUACCAGUUUGGCCCUAACUGGUGUGGGACUCUCCUCCUUUGCCUUCUCCCCUCUCUUCCAAUUCCUGGUCGACACCUAUGGCUGGAGGGGGGCCCUGAUGAUUGUGGCAGGCAUGUCGUUCAACCUCGUAGUCUGCGGCGCCCUGAUCCGGCCCCUGACCCUGAAGGAGGACCUGUCCGGCGGAAGGCUGGCGGGGCCGUGCCGGAAGACGGUCUCCGCUCUCUUUGGGCUGCAGCUUCUGUCCCACUGCCCUUUCAUGCGGUUUGUCUUGGCCAUCACGCUGGUCAAUACGGGCUAUUUUAUCCCCUAUGUCCAUUUGGUGGCCCGGGCAAGAGAGCUGGAGUUCGAUGAGUACCAGGCGGCCUUUCUGAUGUCUCUGGCGGCAGUGGCGGACCUCUGCGGUCGCCUCUUCUCUGGCUGGCUGGGCAGCUGCAGGUCAGCUCAGCUGAUCCACAUCCUGGUGGCGUGGACCUUUCUGACGGGCAUCUCCUUGCUGCUGAUCCCCUGGGGCCGCACCUACCCCAUCCUCGUGGCCAUUAGCCUUGGCUACGGAUUCUUCUCUGGAGCCCUGACACCUGUGGUCUUCUCCAUCGUUCCUGAGAUCGUGGGCAUCGAAAACAUCUUCAGUUCCAUGGGGCUGCUGCAGAUGAUAGAGAGCAUUGGGGGACUCUUGGGGUCCCCCCUGUCAGGCGCCCUGAGAGACCUGACGGGCAACUACGCGGCGUCCUUCCUAGCUGCCGGCUCCUUCCUCUUGGCCGGCAGCCUUCUCCUGAUGACGGUGCCCAACUUCUCCAGCUGCCUGGCCUGGCCGGCUGGGCAGGACGCCCGGGUCGGUGGGGAGGCCGGAGAUGGUGGCCGGUUGACCUCGGUGGCCCCUGCACCCCUCUCUCCCGAAAAGUGCCCCUCCUGCAAGGUGGGGCCGGUGGCACAGCAGACCCCCUUGAAGAGCUGAGAGCCUGCAGGGGUCCAAAGGUGGAUGCGGCUCCAGAGCUGGGGGCAGGGAGGAGGGCUCUGGGCCAGAUCAGAUGGGUGUGUGUGUGUGUGUGUGUGUGUGUGAGUGAGUGAGUGAGUGUUUGUGUGUGUGAGAAAGUUACUCAUUGCAGCUAGGUGAGGUCAUGUCUUACUACUGAUUUACCUGCCAGUGCCUUAAACGAACAGUCUUUUUCCUCGGUGGGCCAAGGAGCUGGUUUUUAGGAAGAUCGAACCUCGGAUGGGGAAGCCGCGGCCUCCCUUCGGCCCUCGUGGUGCCAGGCCCAGAGGACUCCCUGGCCCCUUCUCCACAGCCCUGGAGUGGGGCGCCCCUUGCCUCGCUGCCGGCUUCCUCUUGGAGGCCCCGCUCCAUGGGCAGAAGAGGAAAGGACAAGUCCCAUUUCGAAGGGGUUUCCGCUCAGCAGCUUGGCCCCGCGUGGGGGCUGCCCUGUGGGCCUUGGGGUGGGGCUGCAGAGCGCAGCCAGAGGACCCACCCUCCUUGGCCAAUCGCGGACUCAGCCCCUGGCACUGGGUGGGCUCAAACGCCAGCGUUGGACACCCCAGCCGGCAGAAUCUCUCAGCCGAAACGGCCUCAGCCACCUCGGGGUCGGGGACGCUCCCUGUUUGGGUGCAAGCUGCCCCACAGGGGGUUUCUUGCCUAACGCCCCCCCUUACCCCCAAUAGCUGCCCAGCACAAAUUCCCUCCUUGGUGUCUGUGAGAGGUUCUUAGAUGCCCUCCUUGCCAUGGGGUGUCUGCAGAGGAUCAAAAGUCAAGAUGGCAGCCCUGCCCUAUGAUCAAAGCCCUGGCUGGGCCGCCAUCGUGACUUUUUUGCCCCUCUCCCUGCACAUUUUUCUCUUGUGCCAAGGCUCCCCUCCUCCCGGAUGGUUCCUCCCUCCUGCCCGAUUGAUGGGUCCUCUGCUGCGGGUGGUCUCUCGGAAGCCCGCCGGGGGGGGUUGUGCAUCUGGGGGAACAGCCUCCGCUCAGGUAUUGGAAGAGUCACCUGCCUAUGCAAACCCCUGGGGGUGGGAAGGGUCUCCCUCUCCAGUUGCAGGCUUUUGCAAAAUGCACCCCUUCUCCCGUGCAUCCUCCAGGUGGCCCUGAGGGGCCCCCUGUCCCCCCCCCACUCAUCACUUGCCUCAACAGCGGAUCAAGGCAUCGAUCCUGUGCCAAGUCUUAGCAAAGAGAAAGAAACGUUCAGCUCCAAGUGCCACCUAUCAGUGCCCAGCAGGGGGCAAUCUGGGCAUGUUGGAUUACCUCUCCCAUCACUCCCAGCCCUACCACUCGGCCAUGCUGGCUGGGGGCGAUGUGUGAUGUAGUCUGACGUGGGAUGGGUGAAGCUGUAAAGAAAACGUACCGUUUAGUCUUUAUAUGCAGCGUGUAUGGGUGAAUUUAGGAUAAACAUCAUUUUGGGAGAGGAUGCUUGGAUGUCUUUAUUUAACCAUUUUUUAGAGCUCUCAGAAUAUAAUGACAGAUGAUGAGGGAGGCUGUAAUUUUAGAGUUGGUUGGGAUUGAAGUUGCUACGUAAGGCUAGGGGGGCAGAAUUAUGUUUUAUUCAUCAAGGAGUAACACAGUUCAAAGAACAACCUAAGAAAACCCCUUCUUUGACUGUAGAAAUUUUGUAGAAAUUCAAGUUCCAGGCAGGAACCUGGGAAUUAUCCAGGUAACCUUAGUUAUCGUGCUCAGUAAGAUUUUUUUUUUUUUCAAAACCACAAUUAAUAUAGUUGUAAUAUUUAAUUUUUGUAAAAAAAAAAUCUGUUAUUUCAUCUAAAAAACCAAUAACUAAAGGGGUGACUUUCAACCCAUUUUGAUCUUUUUAUUCUGAAUGUUUUUCCAAUUCUUUUUCCUCGAUUCUGCCGUGCCUGGGCGUUGCUGCAUCUACCAAAAUUACUCUUCUCUUUUCAAUGAUCAUUCUCUCUGGGGUGUUGUGUUCUAGGUGGUGAUCAACGUAUAUGUGAAAAUCCCAUCCUCAAAAUCCUCAUUUCCCCAUACCCCAAAUCCUUAUUUCAACAAAUUUUUCAAUUUUGUAAUUAUAUGGUAUUUGGGACACUCAAAAAUUACAAUUUUUGCACAGAUGUCAGUGUUAUCAGUUAUAUCAGUCUGAGGGGGAAAAGUUGCUAUAUUCUCCUCCUUCCUCUUCCUCUUCCUCGUUGAAGGACUUUUAUUGUUUCUGUAUUGUGAAAGCUGUACAACCUGCUGCAAAUAACCAAU